UUGUAUCAGGACGAAAUGGCGAUCGUAGUUGUGGUCUAAAGCUGUAGAAUCUCGAGAUCUAGCUGAGUGAAUUUACCGCGAGCUUGUGCCUGAAGACUCUUGUACAUAGAUCAUAGUGCGCAAGAAGUAAAAGCUACAUCUUCCUCGGAGAAAUUUUUAGAGGAAAGCAAUCGUUACAUGGUUGCUUGGUGAUGUUUUGAUCGCGUCCAUAAUUUUACCGAGCAGAUCACUGCAGGAAGGUGGCUUAUCAAAGCUUUGACUGCAAAGAAUCUACAUACGAUCCGUGAAAUUCCCGUGAAAGAUGAAGAAGUCCUCAUCAAAUCUGAAUGCUUCUACUCCUAGUGAGAUGAGAAGCGAGACGAAAGCAAGGGACCAUGAAAACAAAGUUAUAACAGAGAGGAUCAACCUUGCAGAGAGACAUUUCAGCAUGUUACUAAAAGAUUUUACAGCUUUUGCUACAGGACUGCAAUCCUUGCAAGAAAAAGGCAUGAAACUAUCGAAGAGUGUAGAUAUCUUUGCUGAUGAUGAGUACCCAUCAAUGAAAGCAAGUUUAGGUGGUAUCAGUGAAAGUAUAGCUGCAGUGCAGGACUAUAUGGGAGCCCAGGUAGACUUCAUACAAGCAAAGGUUUCUCCCCCAUUGUCCUUGAAUGCCACAAAUGUCAAACAUGCCAGAGAAUAUGUCAAGGAACUGGCUGUCACUAGAGAAAAAGAAUCAAUAAAACGCAAAGCAGUGGAUAAACUUAGGGUCAAAGAACCAAAGAACAAGGGAAAAAUUUCACAGGCUGAGCAGGACCUGCAAAAGUUAACUGUUGAUGCUAACCGAUCAAGACAGACACUGGAAGAACAAAUGGUGGAAUUUGAAAGAAAGAAGAUUGAAGAUAUCAGGUUGGUAUUUAGCAACUUUUUUCAUGGUCAAAUGUUGUUUCAUGCAAAAGCACUGGAGCUCUAUACAACUGCAUUUCAAAGGCUGGGUUCCCUGGAUGAGGAGCAAGACAUAGAGGCAUUCCAGAAUGACCUUCACCCUGCAUCAUUUCCCUCUACCCUGGAUGUGGCGAAAAGUGGUUCUCAGACCUCGCUAAACCGAUUCAGCUCUCAAGGCUCGAUGGGAUCGCAACAGUCUUUAAACAGAACGGGGAGGAGUGACAGAGGUGUAGAUGGUGACGAGGAUACUAGCGAUUUCGAAUGACAGACUCUUCCUAUUGGCUGAACAGAAAAAAGCACGUGCAUUGGCUGAGAGAGGAUUGUCAAUGUAAUAAACAAAGCAAGAACAAAGCAUCAGUCUUUGAGAGACAUAAUUUUGAACCCUGUAUUUGUCGUUAAGGCUCUACUAAACCUCUGCUGAGGGCUUGUUAAUUUCCAGGGCUUUUAGAUAGGGAGCUUUUCAGAGUGACGGAGAGAGAGAGAGAGAGAGAAGCAGGGCUCACCAAGAACUAACUCAUGGAGCCGAACUGCGAGUCGUUACUUUUCCUCUGACCUAUAGUUAGCCUCGAUUAAUAUCGAGUACUGCAUUUCUCUGUUAAGAAAAGCUACUUUGAAUAAAACAGAAACUGACAAGACAACUUUAUUCUAAAACGUAACCUAGCCUAAAUGAACAGCUUCUAUUAGAUAGGAGGAAGAGACAUAAGGCUUAUGACUGAGGAGAGAGAGGCUUAUUAGAGUGAUUUCGGUAUUAGAUAUAUAUUUAUUUAUUCAUUUUUUAAAUGUAUUAAGAACCAGCCAUGGACAAAGUUUAAUGCAUGCUAUUACGUUAAAACUUACGCCGUCACGUCUUCUCGCGAAGAAUGGGUAACUUCCAAGACUUUUUUUUUUCUCUUGGAUGAUUGAUUCUACUUCGCAAUAUUUUUCACUCUCAUUUGGCUAAACCCAGGGGGUUGCUAAGGUCAUAUAUUAUCAUAUGAACAUAUUAACAUUGUUUGAAUCAUUUAUUUAUGAAUUUAUAUUUUUUUGUAUUUAUUUUUUGUUUUCACGAAAGUUUUGUAUUAAAAAAAAGAUAUUGUCACCUUAAUUUAAACCUCACAUCGAAGUUUUGUUACGCUUCGUCCACUCUCACACGGAAGUAAGUAAGUGCUUUGAUAAUUGACGGUGGAAAACUUUUAAAUACCCUACUUAGCCUGUUAUACAUGCAGAGCAUGUUUCUUCUUUACCUAAUCGAUUUAUAUAGAUUGCAUGGGCCGCCAACUCAACUACGAUAUCUUUGUGAUGUUUUGGAAACUUUACAGUAUAUUAAACAAUAUAUAAAA